AUGGUUCAGUUGACAAAUAAUUAUACGUUAACAUGUCUAGAUUUUGAAAAACAAAAUAUUAAUAAUACAAUAAUAAUAUUAAAAUCGUGUUUAUGUGAUUUUCGAAUAAAUUUAAGUAAUUGUAAAGAAACCUUUAUAUUGAGGACAGGAAGUUAUACGUUAAUACCAUACUUGGCAUUAAUAACGAUAAUAUCUCUGGGAUUUUUAAUUUCUAAAAAACAAACGUUUUUCUUUCCUGCUUCAAAAGAUAAAGGCUUAAUAAGAUUAAGGCCACACAAUGCGUUUCAUCUUAUAACAGUUACCUUUAGUUCAUUUUUUGAUGAUCUACCUAGACAAAUAGGAUUUUUAUUUGCUGUAUUAUAUUUAGUCGGUAUAAUCUAUUCAAUUCCAAAUUUAGAAACGACAACAGAUGAAGAAUCAAGAGUUUUUUUACCUAAUAAAUAUAUCAUUGACAUCGUUGCAUCAAUAUUAAUGUUUGGUCCAUUAAUAACAAUUACACCAAUUUCAUAUUUAAGUGGAUAUUAUGCAGAAAAAGAAAUUAAUGCUGAUGGCGAUGAAGAAGCAAAUUUAAAUAUUGCUAAUAAAUUUUUCUUUGUGCAUUAUUUGAUUUGGUCAUUUUGGUUGAUAAUAUUCGUUAUUUCAAUGUUAUAUUAUUGGUAUGUUUUAUUCGAUUUGCUAAAUCAUCAUAUGAAAGGUUUGAAAGAAAAAUCAAAUCAUCACACAAAUCGAUGGAAAUUAGAGACAUUAGAAGUUGCUUCUACAAAUUUGAAUUCGGUUUCGUUACUUCUUGCAUUCUUGUAUGCUUUUUUCACAGUAAUUUUCAUCAUAUUUGGUUUAACUUAUAAAUCGACAACAGCUAGGGAUAACUAUCAAAUAGGAUUGUUUUAUUUUGCCGUGUGGAAUUUUCUAAUACCCGUCUGUCUACAAAUUGUACAAUUCGUAAUUAUUUACAAUGCCGUACGACCAUCACAAAGCAUUCCAUUAUUUGAUGAAAUUUUAAAUGUUUCACUUAAAAAACCAAGAUUUUCUAUAUCAUUUAAUAAUGAAUUUUCAACGAAUAAAAGGAAAAAUGAUGAAAAUAAUAUUCUUUUUUCACAAAUUGAAUCAUCAAAAUCUGAUAACAAUAAUGAUAAUAAACAUCGUCAUAAUCUUGAAUGGGAUGAAAUAAUUACUAUUAAUGAUGGCAAUGAUGACUAUGACACCGAGGAAAUAUUCAGAUAUAAUAGUAACAAUAACAAUAACAAGAACAAAAACAACAAUCAUGAUCAAUUAUCACCAUCGUCAAACGAUAAUAAUGAUAAAAGUAAUAAUAAAAGCAAUAAUAGUAUUAAAA